AUGUCUUCAGGAUCUACAUCCCUCGCUCCUGCUCCGGCCGGUGCCGCCAAUAGAGGUGCAGAACAGCAAGAGCAGGCCAAGAUCAAGUUCUUCACGAACCAUGGAUGCGGCUGGUCCCACCGUGUCCAUAUUGUCCUGCGAGAGCUCGGGCUAGAGUACGAGGAGGUCCUGAUCAACAUGGAUGAACCGAGGCCGGAGUGGUUCCUGAAGCUGAAUCCGCGCGGUCUUGUCCCUGUCCUCCAGUACACGCCUCCGCCUUCUUCUUCCGACUCUUCCGCCAACACUCUCACACUCACCGAAUCUGCCCAAAUUGUGUCCUUCUUUACAGAUCUCUAUCCGUCCCAUCUUCUACCCACAAUUCCCGGUCUUGUCGAGGCAGCCCAUCUGCGCUACAGAAUGUCAUUCUUCAUCGACACCUACUUCACCAAGAUCAACCCACUCAUGUUUAAACUCGUGGGUGCAGACACGGGAAAGCCACAGGAUAAAAUCGUGGAAGAGAUUUGGCGACUUCUGGAGACGGAGAUUGAGAUAUUGCUUUCCGACGUGGCUGUGAAUGGCCGGGGUCCGUAUUUUGGAGGAAGUGAUAAACUGACAAUUGUCGAGGUCAUGUCAGCCCCUUUCAUCGUCCGCCUGAUCGACUUCUCCAACGACAUCAUCUUUCCGGCUCGCCUCGCGACACAAAUUCUGGACAACGACCCCGCAACGAGCAAAUGGCCACGCUUCGCGACAUGGGCGAAACUGUGUAUGCAGCAUCCCAGCGUCACCUAUACAUGGGACAAAGAGUACAUGGUGCCCAGGAUUGUGGAACGGUUGCCGGCUGCGAAGAGGAAGUAUGCUCCGUCGAGGGGCUAA